AAAGGAAGACCAACGUGUCCGUUUCCCAGCAAUUUAUUCCGCGUCCACGAGGAGGAAAGGCGCUCGGCUUAGGUCACAAGGGCCUCCUCGGUUUAAGGAGCGUCCCGGCACUUGAGAGCGAUGCGCGCUCCGCUUCGGCUCGCGGCCUGAGAUCGCGGCAGGAAGGAGGCGGAGCAGCGCCGGACUGCCAGUCCCGGGGGCCUCGCUUCUCCUCCGGCAGCUUCGGCGUGGCGCGCCCUUAGGCGGGCGGCGGGGGGGCCUUCCCGGGCGGCGGCGGCUCGCAGUCGGAGAGGGCGCGCAGGCGGGCGGCCUCCCUCCGGAUCGGAUCGGCGCCAUAGAUGCCACCGCCCACGCCCAGCACGACCACCACCACCAGGCGCACCAGCGACUCCGAGCCGCGCAUGGCUGCCGCUGCCGCCGCCGCCCUCCAGUGCGGCGCACGCGCGGGGAACCGGCGCAGGCUCGCCUUCCGCGCCUGCGCCCUCCCUUCGAUGGCGGUCGCUAUGGAAGCGGUGGUGGGGGCGCCUGCCGGGAGGCCUCGCAGGCGAAAGCCCGUGCGGCGGCCGGAAGGGCCGGAGCGGCGGUCGGCCGGUGCCGCGCCUGCCCGGGGGCUCCUGGCUCUAAGCCUGGCGCUGCGGCUGGCCUGCUGCUUCUCGGUGCGGACCAGCUUCGUCCCGGACGAGUACUGGCAGUCGCUGGAGGUGGCGCACCGGGCGGCCUUCGGAUACGGGAGCCUGACCUGGGAGUGGGCCGAGGGCCUGCGCAGCCCCCUCUACCCGCUGCUCUUCGCCGGCCUCUUCAAGGCGCUGCAACUGCUGGGCAAGGACGAGGCGCCGCUGCUGAUUUGGCUCCCUAGGGUUUUCCAGGCAGUUUUGGCAGCAUUUGCAGAUGUGAAGUUAUAUUCCUUGGCAAAGCGACUGGAUAACUUUGAGACGGCCAAAUGGGUGUAUUUUUGCCAGUUGUGUUCUUGGUUCACGUGGUACUGCUGUACUAGGACACUCACCAACACCAUGGAAGCAGUUCUCACCAUCUUUGCUCUUUGCUACUAUCCCAUGGAAGGCACCAAAACAGAGAGCAGCCGCUGCUACCUAGCCCUGGUUGCGCUGGCGUGCAUCGUCCGCCCGACAGCUGCCAUUCCGUGGGCUCCGCUGCUACUUUGGCAUUUUGGAAAAGAGUCCAACAAGAGGCGCUUCCUCUGGGGUGCUUGCCUUCCAGUGGGACUAAUUGCUUUGGGAGGUUCAUUAGUAAUUGACAGGAUCUUUUUUGGCAAGUGGGUUAUGGUUCCCCUCAACUUUCUGAAAUUCAAUGUUCUGCAUGAGCUGGCCACCUUCUAUGGAUCCCACUCCUGGCACUGGUAUUUCACCCAGGGCUUGCCGGUGAUCCUUGGUCCCCACCUGCCUUUCUUCCUUCAUGGCUGUUUCAGUGCCCCGAGGAAGCAUCAUGUGUUCUUGGUGGUUGUGCUUUGGACCAUGACAGCCUACAGUGUUCUUCGUCACAAAGAAUUCCGAUUUAUCUACUCCAUCCUGCCCAUCUGUAUGCUCUUCUGUGGGCAUUCUGUGGCUCAAAUGAAGAGGUGGAGAAGGGCUGCCGUUUCCUUCUUGCUGAGCUCCAACCUGCUCCUUGCCCUCUACACUGGUUUGGUCCAUCAGCGUGGCACUCUUGAUGUGAUGGUCUACCUCCGGGAGCUCUGCAACCCUUUGACCCAAGGACAGACAUCCAUUCUCCUGCUAAUGCCCUGUCAUUCAACUCCUUUAUACAGCCAUAUUCACUGCCCACUGCAAAUGAGAUUUCUUGAGUGCCCUCCAGAUUUGAUGGGAAGAAGCAACUAUCUGGAUGAAGCUGACUUAUUUUACUCUCACCCUCUCCCGUGGCUCAACAAAGAGUUUCCUAAUGCUACGCAAUUACCCUCCCAUUUGGUCUUCUUCAAUGUACUUGAGCAGGUACUUUGGAGAAUAGAUUGACUCCCUCUUCUUUGUGGAAGCUGAUGAGAUAUUGGAACACUGCUAUCAUGUCUCCCCUAGUCCUUCUUUUCAUUAAACUGGACAUACCCAGUUCCUGCAACCAUUCUUCAUGUGUUUUAGCCUACAGUCCCCUAAUCAUCUUUGUUGCUCUUCUCUGCACUCUUUCUAGAGUCUCCACACAUCCUUUUUACAACGUGGCGACCAAAACCUAAUGCAGUAUUCCACGUGUGGCCUUAUCAAGGCAUUAUAAAAUGGUAUUAACACUUCACGUGAUUCUAUCCCUCUGUUUAUGCAGCCUAGAACUGUGUUGGCUUUUUUGGCAGCUGCUACACACGGCUGGCUCAUAUCUAAAUGGUUGUCCACUAGGACUUAUUGCUAAAGAGAACUGGCUCUUUUACUUAGUGGUUCAUCAGCAACAUUCCAGAUACUUUGCAGUGUAUGACUUUGAUUGAUCAAGGGAAUACCAUUUUCUUCUCAAAAUCAGUGUUUGCCCUUCAUUUUUCAUUGGUGUGUAAUAACUCUGUAAGAUUUGGGAAGAGAGGAGGCAAUCUACUAGUCUUGUUGCAGCUUCCCAAGCAAGUUGUUUAUUGAAUGAACAUUUUUCAAAGUAGAUGCAAUCUAUGUAAUUCUUAACUGUAUUUUUAAUUACAGGAAAUAUCAUCAUUUCUGAUUUCAAACAGAUACGUUAAAGCUGCCACAUUCUUUCAUACCCAUCUGCCUCAAGGACGAGUUGGAAGCCACAUUUAUGUGUUCAAAAUUUUUUGAAGAUUUAUGAAAGUGGUUUAAGGGAUGGGGGGAUGGGGCUGAUGCAAGAGAAACAACAAAACAGCAACCCCUGACCUGAAGUAUAUGGAUAGGUAGGAUACAUAAGUGUGGCUCUGGAGAGGUGGAAGGUGCCAGCACGUUUGUUUUUGCAAAGGCAGCUUUUUCCUUCUGCUAAGAUUUCAGAUCUGCUCAGACUAUAUGCAGCUAUGCAAACCUCUAUGAAUAGACAGCUUGGAACGACCUUUUUAUUAUUUUUUUACAAUGUACAGAUGUGCAAGAAAAUUUAAAAGCAAGAUGAUCAGAAAGAGGACACGCAACAAAUCCCAUCAUGAUCAGAGUAAUUAAACAGCUAUCAAGAUGUG